AUGUCGGUGCCGCUGCUCAAGAUCGGGGCCGUGCUGAGCACCAUGGCCAUGGUCACCAACUGGAUGUCGCAGACGCUGCCCUCGCUCGUGGGGCUCAACGGCACAGUGUCCCGUGCCGGCGCCUCCGAGAAAAUCACCCUCUUCCAAAGCCCAGAGGAAGGCUGGCAGCUGUAUACUUCGGCCCAGGCCCCCGAUGGGAAGUGCAUCUGCACGGCUGUGAUCCCCGCGCAGAGCACCUGCUCCCGAGAUGGCAGGAGUCGGGAGCUGCGCCAGCUGAUGGAGAAGGUCCAGAAUGUCUCCCAGUCCAUGGAGGUCCUUGAGUUGCGGACGUACCGUGACCUCCAGUAUGUGCGCAGCAUGGAGACCCUCAUGCGGAGCCUGGAUGCACGCCUGCGGGCAGCUGAUGGGUCCCUCUCAGCCAAGAGCUUCCAGGAACUGAAGGACAGGAUGACGGAACUGUUGCCCCUGAGCUCAGUCCUGGAGCAGUAUAAGGCGGACACGCGGACCAUUGUGCGCCUGCGGGAGGAGGUGAGGAAUCUGUCCAGCAGCCUUGCAGCCAUCCAGGAGGAGAUGGGUGCCUACGGGUAUGAGGACCUACAGCAGCGGGUGAUGGCUCUGGAGGCCCGGCUCCACGCCUGUGCCCAGAAGCUGGGCUGUGGGAAGCUGACUGGGGUCAGUAACCCCAUCACCAUUCGAGCCAUGGGUUCCCGCUUUGGCUCCUGGAUGACGGACACGAUGGCCCCCAGUGCGGAUAGCCGGGUCUGGUACAUGGAUGGUUAUUACAAGGGCCGGCGCGUCUUGGAGUUCCGCACUCUGGGAGACUUCAUCAAAGGCCAGAACUUUAUCCAGCACCUGCUGCCCCAGCCAUGGGCAGGCACAGGCCAUGUGGUGUACAAUGGCUCCCUGUUCUACAACAAGUACCAGAGCAACGUGGUAGUCAAGUACCACUUCCGCUCACGCUCCGUGCUGGUGCAGAGGAGCCUUCCUGGGGCCGGUUACAACAAUACCUUCCCCUACUCUUGGGGUGGCUUCUCCGACAUGGACUUCAUGGUGGAUGAGAGCGGGCUCUGGGCCGUGUACACCACCAACCAGAACGCAGGCAACAUUGUGGUCAGCCGGCUGGACCCGCACACCCUUGAGGUCAUGCGGUCCUGGGACACCGGCUACCCCAAGCGCAGUGCUGGUGAGGCCUUCAUGAUCUGUGGCGUGCUCUAUGUGACCAACUCCCACCUGGCUGGGGCCAAGGUCUAUUUUGCUUACUUUACCAACACGUCCAGCUACGAGUACACGGACGUGCCCUUCCACAAUCAGUACUCCCACAUCUCCAUGCUGGAUUACAACCCCCGGGAGCGGGCCCUCUACACCUGGAACAACGGCCACCAGGUGCUCUACAACGUCACCCUCUUCCACGUCAUCAGCACUGCUGGGGACCCCUAGAAGGCCAUCAAAGGUCCUUUCUACUCUGCCUGUGUC